AUGAAGUCUUUCUUGGUUGUUGCUGCGGCUCUGGUGGCCUCGUCGCCAGUGGCCUGCUUUGCAAAAACGAUCAUGGACUACCUUCGCACCGAUGACAGGCUGUACGAAGCCAAGGCAAUCGCAGAAGAAGCAGGUAUUCUUGAUGAUGUGGACCCAAGUCGUUUUGGAACACAGUUAACAUUGAUGCUCCCGUCAAAUGAGGCUUUUGACCAGCUCAACGCUGAUCGUCCGAAGUGGCGCCAAGCACUCAUUAACAACAAACAGAACGUUGAGACUCUCAUCCUUUUCGCGGCAAGUGAUAUGGUGGUUACUCCAGCAUCUAUCCGAAGCGGCAAAUGGGAAGCGGAAGGCUCCAUUGUUUCACUGUUGUCUGAGACCGCCAGCAUCGCAUCCGAUGGCUAUGUGUGCGUCAGCGACUACACCAGAACUGCCUCUUGCGACGACCCUGAUAGCUUGCCAUGCUGUGCAAUGAUCGAUCUGGACAACGUGAUGAAAGCUGAUGACGGAUACAUUUACCUAAUAGACGCUGUUAUGAUGCCUCAAGAGAUUGUUGACAAGCUGCCGUGA